AAGAACCCUGCGAACUACAUCUGCGAUUAUCCGAACUGCAACAAGCGCUUCACUCGCGCAUACAAUCUGCGUUCUCAUCAGCGUACGCAUACCAACGAACGCCCCUUCCUCUGCUCUCAUUGCAACAAAUCGUUCGCUCGCCAGCAUGACAGACGGCGACACGAGCAGUUGCACUCUGGUGUCAAAGCGUACGCCUGCGGGCCCCGGCCUGAGGAUUUCGCCGAGAAUGGUAUCGCUUGGGGUUGUGGAAAGAAGUUUGCUAGGAUGGAUGCAUUGGCGAGACAUUUGAGGAGUGAGACUGGACGGGAGUGU